CGGGCCGCUUCUGCGGCCCACGGACGGAGGCCAGCGGCAGCCCAAGCCUGCCGGCCCCGGCAAUGCCGCCGCGGCAACGCCCAUCCCGCCGCGGCAGUGUCCCGCCCAAGCGCAUAUUUUGUUGCCAUACCCCGCCGAGCGAGCCGCCUUCCUCUUUCGGGGGGGUGGGAUGCGCCGCGCGGUGAUCUGCUGCUUGGCCGGCCGCGGAUGCCUGGCACCGGGGGUUGGAGACACGUUUUCCGCAGGCACCGCUGCGGGGAUUUAAUAAUGUUGUGGUCUUGUCGUCUGGCAGUGUGGUAG